CUCUCGUUCUCCUCUCUCUCUCUCUCUCUCCUGCCGCCGGCGUCAGCUUUGAUUCGCUCGGCGAUUUCAGUUCGCGUCGAUCUCCUUGCGCCGCCGCCAUCAUGAAUCCUGAAUAGUAAGUAGCUCCUGAUUCUGAACCCUCAAUCAUGCGCUCUAAUUACUUCUGUUUCUCCGCCGUGGACAUCAAUUGUUCUUCGCGUACGCCUCAGAAUUCUGGAUCUGAUCAUCGAUUACCGUUCCGGUUUCCUUCGCUUGCGUUUGUUCUUAGAUCUAGGCGGUUAUCGCUUUAGAUCCGUUCCGCACAGAUUUUGUUUUGUUUUGUGGCUUGCGAUGAUGUGUUGAUGAAUCAAUUCCUGCUGCUCCUCAAUUUGUUACUGCAGCGAUUACUUGUUCAAGCUUUUGCUUAUUGGAGAUUCUGGUGUCGGGAAAUCGUGUCUGCUUCUGCGAUUUGCUGAUGACUCUUACCUGGACAGCUACAUCAGUACCAUCGGAGUUGACUUCAAAAUUCGCACUGUGGAGCAAGAUGGGAAAACCAUUAAACUGCAGAUUUGGGACACAGCAGGGCAAGAACGAUUUAGGACAAUCACGAGUAGUUACUACAGGGGUGCGCAUGGCAUCAUUGUUGUUUAUGAUGUCACCGACCAAGAGAGUUUCAACAACGUAAAGCAGUGGUUGAAUGAAAUUGAUCGAUAUGCUAGUGAAAAUGUGAACAAGCUUCUAGUGGGGAACAAGAGUGAUCUGACAGCCAACAAGGUUGUUUCAUAUGAAACAGCGAAGGCAUUCGCUGAUGAAAUUGGGAUACCGUUCAUGGAGACAAGUGCCAAGAACGCCUCCAAUGUAGAGGAUGCUUUCAUGGCGAUGGCUGCUGCAAUCAAGACCAGGAUGGCUAGCCAACCUGCAUCAAACACGGCCAGGCCACCAACCGUCCAAAUCCGUGGCCAACCUGUUAACCAGAAGUCAGGCUGCUGCUCUUCUUGAGAAGCUAGAACCACAGGCAUUCUGUUCGUGACGUUUAAUCUCUCGUUCUAUCCCUGUGUGGCAUGUGAAACUUAGUUCUCUCUAUUCUUAACGCUUUUGAUAUGAAAGAAGCAAUUACUGUUUGUUCUCUGUUUUCACCUUCCUUAUUUUUCCUCGUCCUUUCUGUUUAAACUUUGAUUCUCUGAUUGUAAUUUGAAUUCAGGAAGGUUAAAAAAAACAUUUGUACAAAUUAGGAAAUACUGUUGAAUAGCAGCUCCGUUAUGUCCUCUUUUGUCUCCCUUGUGUUCCACUCUAUUAUUUUCUACCAUUAAUCCCUACAAGAGCAAGAUCCAUCUUUGAAAUGAUGAAACCUCGUAGUGUCCCUCACGAUUAUCUCCCUCUUUUCGAUUUCUGAAAUACACUUUGCUGCGCGAUGGCAAUCCGCACAGAUCCUCAAGUUCUUGAACACCCGAAUAGGAACUCCUGGCGGUAGCUUCAUCAGCCCAUAUGCAAUGGCGAGCUUCUCACUGUGCCUCAGCAACAACUGCUUUUUCUCGGCUUCCCCAACAUCAUGCAAUGCACAUUCAAGAUCAGGGACGUAACCGGCCAGCUUCAUCUUUUCCUCUAACUCGUUUAGCUUCUCGUGUAUCGAACCCAAGUGUGGAUGAAUUCUAUCCCCGGAUCUAAACUCAUGGACUAUGUUCUUCACAUCAAUCCAACUGUACCCAGGUGUCUUCACCACGUUGCUCCGAUUCAUCAACUGACGGACCCUGGCAACAUCAUUCCACUUGUUCGUUGCAGCAUAGACAUUGGCGAGUUGAACGUAGGCAGCUGCACUCGUCGGGUCAAGAUCGAGUAGGUUCUUUGCAGCAAAUUCGGCAAUUUUGGUGUUCUUGUGUAUCCUACAGGCACCCAAAAGGGUUCCAUAUAUAGCCGGAUGAGGCUUGAAUGGCGAUUUCUUGAUCAAGUCUACAGCUUCAUCAAGCUUACCAGCUCGACUAAGAAGAUCGACCAUACAACUAUAGUGAUCCGGUUUUGGUUCAACCCCGUAAUCCUUCCUCAUCGAAUUGAAGUAGUCUGUCCCUAGAUCGAGUAAUCCAGCAUGGUUGCAAGCUAGCAAAACUGCAACAAAGGUUAUCCCGUCUGGACUAAUCCCAGCUUUCCUCAUUCCGUCAAACAAACUAAGAGCUAGUUCGCCUGCUCCGUGCUGAGCAUAACCUGAAAUCAUGGCAUUCCACGUGACGAGAUCUCUUCUGGGCAUUUCUACAAACAGCUUCUUGGCAUCUUCCAGAGCUCCACAUUUACAGUACAUGCUGAUCAACGAGGUCCCUGCUGUUGUAUCGAUAUGCAGUGGUGAUUUACACACUAGCUGAUGAACUUGCUUACCCAAUUGCAGAGAAGAUAACUCGCUACAUCCCAACAAAACACUGCUCAAGGUUGAAGGAUUUGGACUAACACCGCCGGCCAUCAUUUUCUUGAACAGCUUCACACCAGCUUCAGCUCUAGAAUUCUCGACAUAACCAGAAAUCAUUGUGUUCCAUGUGACCAAGUUCUUCUCCGGCAUUUCCCAGAACAACUUCUCUGCAGUUUCAAUACUCCCAAGCUUCAUGUGCCCAGUUAUCACCGCCGUCCAAGCAACCACGCUCUUAACCGGCGCAGUUUCGAAAAGCUUCACCGCUCUAUCCAACUCCCCACACUCAACAUACCCAGAAAUCAUAGCGUUCCAAGUAACAACAUUUCUCGACGGCAUUGCAGAGAACAACUUCCCCGCUUCCUCCAUUCGCUGAUUCCGGGCUAGCCCGGUUAUCAUCGUGUUCCAAGAAGCUGCAUCCUUGCGAGGGAUUCGAUUGAAGAAGCCUAGAGCCGCUUCCAUGUCAGAGCUGUUGACGUAGCACGCCAACAUGGUGUUGUAGGAGACGGUAUCUGGUUGGGGAAUUUUCACAAACACCUCCUGGGCAUCUCUCAAUCUCCCGCGCAACUUCGAGUAGCCGGCCAAGAUCGAGUUCCAUGUGACCGUUGUUCUGACGGACAUGUUGCGGAACACGCCGAGAGCAGCAUCCAGGUCACCGGAUCGGACGUAGCUGGUGAUCAUCAUGUUCGAGAGGAUCACAUCGUCACCUCCGUUGGGGGAAGCAGCCGGGGAAUAGAAUUUGCUCUUCGGAGCUGGACCGCCGGCGGAUCCUGGCUUAGCCGCGUGGUCUUGUGGGGUUUGGCUGGCGGAGGUGGAGAAGGGAAGCCAUGGAUGUUCGGUUAGAGGCAAGCCCCUGAGGAAGCGAUGAGAGGAUGGGUUUCGUAGUUGCCCGGCGAAAAAUGCUGUUCUCAUUUUACUUUAUUAUUGAACAGUACCACUCUCAUUUGUAAAAGUAAUCCUUUCAUACAAAUUAUUCAACAGUUCGUUUCCUGCAA